GGGGCGUCUAGUAGUGAACAGAGCAUCGAGGCCAGCAAGUUGGUACACCGUUGCUCAGUUCAGCAAUGGCACAAGCUGCCAAGAAGAAGUUGGUUGUUGCAGGAGGCAAUGGGUUCCUCGGGUCGCGGAUCUGCAAAUCUGCGGUCGCUCGAGGUUGGGACGUUACCUCCAUAAGUCGCUCAGGCGAACCGACAUGGUCCUCAGUAGCCUCCUCUCCAGAGCCUCCAUCCUGGUCCAAGUUGGUGAGCUGGGCAAAAGGUGACAUCCUAAAGCCCUCAACUUAUACCUCCUACCUCGAGGACGCCGAUGCAGUCGUCCAUACGAUGGGCAUCUUGCUUGAAGCAGACUACAAAGGAGUGCUAUCUGGAAAGGAGUCUAUCUUCUCGGGCCUGUCAAGGGCAUUCAGUUCCACCAAAGCCGGGAGCUCCAAGAACCCACUCGACCGCAAACCAGGCGAGGGUCUGGAGAAGGGCGAAAAAGACGGCCAAAUCACUUAUGAGUUGAUGAAUAGAGACUCGGCCAUCGCCCUAGCACAAGAAGCUGAGAAUGCUGGUGCACACACGUUCGUCUACAUAUCCGCCGCGGCGGGUGCGCCCCUCCUUCCCUCGCGAUAUAUCACGACAAAGCGAGAAGCAGAGAACACGAUAGCGAGCCAGAUGUCGAAGCUGAGAAGCAUUUUUGUAAGACCAGGGUUUCUUUGGGAUAGCAGCCGGAAAUUCACCCUGCCUAUAGCUGCAUCGGGGAUGGUGGGGAGUACGGUAAACAGUAUGAUCGGAGGCAGCUUAACUGGCAUAUUCGGUGCCGCCGUCGAGAAGCCUCUGAAGGUCGACCUGGUCGCAGACGCUGUGGUCGAAGCCAUUGCCGACGAGGAGACGAAGGGUGUUCUGGAUACAAAGACGAUCGAGGCCUUGGCUGCAAAGGCCUGGCGGAAGACAAUGCUGUGAUGCAUAAUCACUGCCUGUGACUUGUACGAUAUCAAUGCAAACUGCACGGAACGGAUGGUAUGGAGGUGUUUAUCGCGAGCAUCCCUGGACCAUUCCAGUCCUAGCAUUUGGAUUUGGCGCUCUGGGAGAACCCAUGGAAAUGGUGGGGAGUGUACUGAUUGACAUUAACAUUUUUAGUGGCUGAAUUCUCCUCAACAAAUAUAAGACAUCAGUUGGCGAACCAAAGAUCUGUCUCUCCUGGGCUAUUAGUCGCCAUAGACCUUUCGUACCUGUGACCUCACUUCCACGGGUCGG